UAUAUGUUGAUUACAAUAUAAUCUAAACUGAGUCAAAUCUGAAAAAGGAAUAAAGCACAGGGAUGGAAUCUUUUUAGAGAUCUUAGUUAAGAUUUGUUCUGUGACAUGUGCCAACUUGCUAAAAAAACUUAAAUUUAUGCACAUAAACUCAGGUUGUAUUCAGCUCAUUCAACUCAGAAAGUGUAAACUAUCCAGUGAAAGACAUAGCUCAGCUUUUAGGCAUAGAACUGUAGAUUUAAAAGUUUGGAACUUUAUGUUUAAUUAUACACACUUAUGCAUUUGAAUCCUGAUGGAAGGAUAGAUGUGCUGGAUUCCAAUUCCACCUUCAUCACAUUCUAUAUAUAGAUAGAUAGAUAUCAUCCUCUCCAUUUUACUUCUCAUAGAGGAAGUGGAUCACUUGCUGCUUGAUAUCCUUGGGAGUCAUCAUGGUAAGGGAAGGCUCACUUGCUGCUUUUGUAGUAAAGUUCAUGGAUUUUGAUCAAACAUUGGCAUUAGCAUAUUGGUCACCGAUCACUGUCACAAAUCUCCUCAAGCACUAGCUAAUUUUUCAGCGUGAAUGCUGAAUUGUCUUUGAUGUGGCAAACGCAGAAGGUGGUUGGAUCAAGCAAGACUGUGAAGGUCGGCCCCUGGGGAGGCCAUGGUGGAAGCGGCUGGGAUGACGGAAUCCACACCGGCAUCAGAGAGAUAACUCUCGUAUACGAUCGAUGCAUCGACUCGAUUCGGAUCGAGUAUGACAAGAAUGGGAAGCCUUUUCUGGCAGAAAAGCAUGGAGGAAAUGGUGGCAGCAUGACAGCAAAAAUUAAAUUGGAGUCUCCAGAAGAAUACCUGAUGACCGUAAGUGGGCACUACUGCCCUGUAGUGUAUGGUGGUUCUCCUGUCAUCAGGUCGCUUGCAUUCAAGAGCAACAAGAGGACUUUUGGGCCUUUUGGUGUGGAGGAAGGAACCCAGUUCACAGUGCCCAUGGAUGGAGGAAUGGUAGUGGGUUUCACCGGAGGAUGUGGGUGGUACCUCGAUGCAAUCGGCUGGUGCCUCUCACCGAUCCGUAGUGUGAAGCUCUGCAACAUGGUGCAUCAGAAACUCCAGAAGAUAGGGACUAUGGCAUCCAAAACUUUGGGCAAUAAGCAUGGGAAACAUGCCACUGCCAAAUCCCGGAAGACGUAUGCAUGAAGUUUCUUUUCUUUUCUUCUCUUCUGAUGAGGUUUCCUAAUUCAGUACUGCUAGUUGUAAGAUAAUGCAUGUCUGAAUCCAUAUCUGUAUCUGACUUAAAACCAGAGAGAACUACAUAUGAAUUUACA